ACACAACAUAACUAUUGACUGAUUUGAUUGCAAACAAUGACCGCAAACAACAUAUCGGCGGCGGCGGCGGCGGUCAACAACAACAAGUGGCCACUGGACGAGUUAUGGGCCAAUCGGUACGAGACACAGUUGGCCACAAUCACUGGUUGCCGCAGUGGCGGUGCCGAUGUCACCGUCGCCAAAAAGUUUACAAGUUUACGGCAAUUGUUGGCCACUGUACGGACGGCCACCGACAGUGAACUGAGCGACAACGAGUUCAAUGUCUACGGUAUUAUCGAUGCGGUCAACGGUCACAAUGAACUUCAUCGUAAAGUACAUAUAAUGGAUCCGUCGGUAGCCGUACCGGUCACUGUUGUUAUCAACAAUAUUACCGCUUAUACUAAUAUUGGCGUCAAAAACAUUAUCCGAUUGACCGAUAUUUCAAUUGUCAGCUCGUCAUCGUCGUCGGCCAGUAAAGAUUUUGUGGUCAACGAGCGGCGAAAUUUUGCCCAAUUUUAUGCCUUUACGUACGAUUACGAACCUCCGACCACAACAACAACAACAACAGUGACCAACAAUUUCAAUAUUUUUGCUGCGAAUACUCAUACGGCCUACCAGUCGGACAAAUUGGUCGCCAAACUACUGGAAGAAUGGUUUGCCCAGACAUUCAUUGCCCGAAAUCGUUUGGAUAAGCUGUUGAUAGAUCCGUCAUCGGCGACGACGACGACGGAGGCGGCGGCGGCUGUGACCACCUCAACGGACACCACAUCUAACAACAACAACAGUAAUUCAAUUAGCAUUCGUUACGUAGACUUUGCCUGUCGUGUCAUAGCCUCACAAGUGAUGAAACAGAGUAUCCAAUUGACAGUAUCGGACGGCACUCGACCCGAUGUCAACGUACACAACCAGUACGGCAGCGCUGAUAUCCAACAACUCAAUUGCGGCGGCGGUAUUACCGAUGGUGAUCAGCAGCAGCAGCAACAACAACAACCGGUGGCCAGCAAUCGUUUUCAUAGGCUAAACACUGAUGCCGUACUAUCGGGCGGCGGUCUGGACGCCCGUCGACUAGUUUACGUAAACAUCUGGAAGAAUAGCUCCAAUCAGCACAACGAUCACUAUAACUGUGCCGAAAGUCUGACACUAUUGAAUGGCGACGAUUUGGUCAUUAUAUUCAAUGUCGAAGUUUUCAGAUCCGUUGAUGACCAGCGACAAGUGAAACUACAUCUCCGAUCGGGUCGUCACUACGGGAAAGGCAUACGCAAAGUGUCCAGACUAAGUGUUUUGGGUCGUCAGCUGAUGAAAGUAAUCAAACAACGAGAAAGAACUGGUGAUUAUAAUCAACAACAACAACAACAACAACAACAACAAGAACUAUCAUAUGAUGAAGUAAUGGACACCACAAUCUCUACUAAUCGGUUGCGAUAUCGUCGACAAAAAGUAGGUCACGUUGUUGUUGGUGGCGGUGGUGGUGGUAGUGGUAGUGGUAGUGGUGUCCGACACUCUACACCGAAGACUCCGAAACAGAUAACAACAACAACAACAACAGCAUCAACUAAUCGUACUGUUUGUCAAUUGGUAUCCGAUUUGCCAGUAAUUAAUGAAUUACUAGCGCUGGGCUAUCGACACGUUCAGGCACUAUAUCGUCAGCAACUGGUCGAGCAAUUGUAUCCCCGAAUUGAACGCACAGACGGCGACGACGACUAUAAAUACAAUGUGAAGACAAUUGAAGAAGUUUUGGAUCGUAUGCGACAGGAAUGGUGUCGAUUACCGCCGAUACCAACAGAUAUGAUAGCUUAUCAAUCCAUGGAUCGGUGUAUCAAAAUCAAGGAUCUGUUGUUAACUCCCGAUGACGAUGUCGACCAACUGUUUGUCAUUAGAGCCAAAAUACUGGACAUACGGCCAAAAUCAGUGUUUCCGACCGAUCAGUUUGUUUUACUCAAAUGCAUGGUCUGUCCAUACGUUGCGACCGUUUGUCGCCACACCCGUCAAUACGAACGUGACUUAUGGUCACAGCGACAGCUACUUGAAUGUCCCGAUUGUCGUAACGAUUCGGAAAAAAUCUCACAAUUGAUACACUUGUUUGCCAUUAGUUUUUUGAUCAGCGAUGCUGAGGACGACGACAACGAUGUGAAUAAUCAAUUGAAUGUUUGUCUAACAAAAGACAGUGCCGUCUCAGUGUUCGGCGGUGUCCGACCCGAACGUCUACUCAUCGCAGCCGACAACGACGCGGCGGCUAUCGGUGUCGACAAUACAUUGUUCGCCAUUUGCCAGAUGUCUGACCAGAACAAUGGCAUCGAUUGGGUGAUACGUAAGACCCGAAGUGGUGGUGGCGGCGGCGGUGGUGGUGUUGAUGGCGGCCGACCCGACAACAAAACCGUUCAUCAGGUCAUAGCAUUGGCACCGAUACAUACAUUUCCACUGUAGUAGUAGUACCGGUA